CCACUGUAGGACAGUUGACCUGAAUAUGUCAACUUUGUCCGCGCGAACAACACUUUCUUCAAGAUUGUUCCACUCUAUUAAUGUCUUAGGAAAAAAUGAGUUUUUAUAUAGUUGGGUUUUGCACUGGAUUGGUGUGAAACACUUAGAGUUUUUAACUGAAUAUUGUUCAACGAUAUUGUUUACUUUGAAGUCUUUGAAAUGUUUAGGGGUAAUUCUACGCUUUGAUUGCCGGACUGGGGUAAGGAAGUCUUGGCUAGGCAUUGCUGGCACCAGCCCCUCAACCACCUUGAAGAAGAAGAUAAGUCUAUUGGCCUUCCUUCUUUCCUGGAGAGAAAGAAGAGUGCAUGAUCCAGCAUACAAACCUACAGCAUUAUUGCAAAGGAAAUAAUUGGUCGCAUUCAGACAAUGGAAACCAAAUAUAAUCCAAACUAUUCAGACCAGGGAGACACUAUUGCAAAAACUGUAACUGGCGUAUCACUUGCAACGGGUCUAUCUGAAGGAACAGCGAAUAACAACAGCAUGCCGUACAAUAUUAACAACCUAUGGGUUAAAAACAACACCAACUGGUUUAGUGCUAUUAUGCAAAAAUAUGCAUAUGUUUCAGAAGAGGAAGACAAUAUUGAAAGAAAGAUUGACAUUCAACUGAAAUAUCACCCCAACGAACUUGAACAAUGCGGUAGCCAAAUGUUUGCAAUAAAAGGGGGUCGAAAAGAUCCAGAAAACCCUUUCAAUAUCACAUCUCCGAGCUUUGGUCAAUCAGCGGCUAGAGCCAUUCUUACCACAGUGCAGUCCUCAACUUGCACUGAUGUGACAGUUUCCAUAAUGAGCAUAGGUAAGGCAGAUAGGUUCAUUCCAAAAGUCGUCAAAUCAAGGGCUGCCAAGGGAGGCAUAUUAUCAAUUGGGAAAACACAUAAAGCAGAAAACCACAGUACUGUUCCAGGAGAGGGUAGUGACUUAAUGCAUCACAGAUUUGGUGGAAAACAAAUUGAACGCUUUGACAUCAACGUUAAGAUAAAACACGAUCAAAUGAUUGAGGAUGGACUUGAGAAGCGUUGGCAAUGUGUUCUGUGUGAGAAGUCGUACACGUCGAAACACAACUUAGUCACACACAUCCUUGAUCACUCUGGCAUAAGGCCUCACCUGUGUUUGCGCUGUGGAAAGUACUUCAGGCAGUUGUCGCACCUCAAUGCCCACAUGUUGACCCAUGACAAGGUGAGGCCCCACGAGUGCCAAGUAUGCAGGAAGUGUUUCACUCAGACCGGGCAUCUAAAGCGCCAUAUGUUGGUACAUUCUGGUCAGCAUGCCUCGGUCUGUCAUAUCUGCUGUCGGGGGUUUACAACCGAUGAUGACUUGUUAGCUCAUAUGGUGAAACAUGAGACCAUGCUGGAGCAGUGCAGUGUGUGUGGGGAGCAGUUUGAGUCCCACAAGCUGCUCAUGGAGCAUGCUGUGCUGGCAAUGCACAGUCAGAGGACCCGGUGUGACAAGUGUGCACUGGAGUUUGACUCCUCGGCAGACCUCCAGAAUCACAAGAAAGAGGCCCAUGGCGCCCUGCGGCCGUGGAAAUGCAGACAGUGUGGAUUGGCCUUCCUAAAGGUGCAUCAACUCAAGUCCCAUCUGUUCACCCACACUGGUGCCUGUCCUUUCGCUUGCUCCGAAUGCGGGCGCUCAUUCAACCAGAAGGCGAACCUGCGGCGCCACAUGCUCAUACAUAGAGGGGAGCGUUCCUUCAAGUGCCACGUCUGCGAGAAGUCUUUCACCCAGCCUCAGACGUUGAAGACCCACAUGCUCGUUCAUGCCAAUACCAUGCCCUACCAGUGUAAAAUUUGUUUUCGAAAGUUCAGCAGACACCACAAUCUGAAGGGACACAUGCACGUACACAACAAUUCGAGGCCUUUUGACUGCUCUAUAUGUGAAUGCUCCUUUACAUUGCGAGGUAAUCUAAACAGACAUAUGAGAAUGAAGCACAAUAUUGACUCAAUAGAGGAAGAGGAGGAGGCCACUGAUCAAGGUGGCCCUUCUGAUGGCGCAGGCAUGAACAGCACAGAAUUAAAGGCAGAUUUGAAGUUUGACAUUUGUGAAACUGAUGACUCUGUGACAGAGGAGUUAGAUCACUGUCCAGGCAGCAGCUCUAAAUGUGAACCUUAUGAUGUUGAACAUGUGAAAUGUGUAUUAGACCUCCAUGAAAGUGAAAUACAGUCUUCUGCAACCAGAUCACAUCGACAUAGGAAAAGAAAGAAAUUUGAUGACAUGUUUGUUGUUUAAAUGAAGAAAAAAAAGUCGCUAAAUCAUUAAAUGCAGUCUCGUUUUCAUUACAAUGAUGGUAUAAUUUUAGUAAUAUUUAAUUAAGCAAUGUAAUGUAUUGCACAUCUCAAACUAGAAUGCCUCUAGAAAAAUGGUAUUAAUUUCCCUCUUUACGAAUUAAAAUUAUGCAUGCACUUUAUAAACAAUAUUUUAUUAGUGUUAACUACUAAUCGUUAAUGUGGGUGAUGUUAUUCCAAAGUAUUAAUCAACUGAUGAAAUGAAUAUAUUUUAAAAUGAUUUGAAUGCAAUAUGAACAAAAAAUCAUACAAGUGUAUUAGCGAUAGUAAUUCUUCCCUAGACUUUAAAGUGUUAUACACAUUGUUAAGACUACUUAAAUACAGCAGGUACAUAUGUGUCUAAUGUAUAACUAAGAUGUAAUAGAAAUGCUGGUCAAAUGUAUGCUUGAGUAUACAUGUAUUACAUUCCAAAAUAUUAUCACGCAUUAAAUUUAACUUGCCAUUAUUGUAAUAAAAGUAAACACGCCAAAAUAAAUUUGCACUUUAUUCCUGUCUUAUGACAAUUUUACAAUGAUGGAAAUGUCAGCUUGAAUAGUGAAGUGAGAAAUGUGAGCUUAGAUAUUUUCAGUUUCGCAUUAAUGUCAUAUCACAACUUAAAGCAUACAUUGCAAUACAUAUUUGAAUCAGUUCAAGCACUUUCAGCUCUUAGUGAGUUUCAACUUGUUUGCAUUUCUCAGAGUCAUUCCAUGAUGUUGUAAUCACUUACUAAAUCAUAGAUGUUUAAGUGCACGGAGUCAUACCCCUCUGUGGUAGCUCAAUAGACUAUCUUGUGAUGUUGCCGUCCAUUGCAAAAUUCCAAGUUUAGGUAAGCCUGAUCUCAUAUUUACAUGUACCACUUAACCUGGACAGAGACAAUACAAAAAUCAUACAAAAGUGUU